AUGUCCAAAAAAGUGGUUUCAAAAUGUUGUCUGUGCUGUAAUUUGAGUUGUUGGCUGCUGAUUGUUUUGGUGGUUGGCGGCAUUUUGGCGUUGGCUUUUAUGGUGAAGCAGAAGAAUGAUCAGAUGGAGGCCAACGCGUUUUGUACGAGGGCGCAUGCGGAAAUCGCAAGGGCCUGUGCGGAGGUGAGCGGAAAAUUUGGGGGCGGUUUUUUUGAAUCCAAAUUUGCCUAGGUUACUGUAGAGGUUACCGUAUUUUUGAAAAAUUUGGAUUUCUUUGAGUUUUAGCAUCAGAUUUUUAAAGACAAUUUUGAGUUUUCUGUGAUUAAAUUUUCCUAGGUUACUGUAAUUUCGAAGUCUAGUCAAAUCAUAAAAUUUUUGAAACGUAUUUCUCAUGUGGAUUUUUCAAACUACACUGUAGUUUCAGUAGAUUUUGAAAAUUUUUCAAGUUUUACCCACACAAAUUGUUGAAAACUGAAUUUUGAAAUUUUUGAAACGUAAUUUUUACCUGGUAAUUUUAUUUUUUUUUAUUUUGUCAGAAAAUUUCCGAAUUUAUAUUUUCAACUGAAAAAAAUUAAAUAGAUGAUCAAAAAUUAUGAUUUUUUUUGUUUCGAUUUUUGAUAACCAAAAUUCUUACAAUGAAAAAUGAUCUAGGAAAAAAAGAAAAAGAGAAAUUAAUCCAAUUACAAUUUUUCAGAAAGACGACGAAUUGGAGGCGGCCGCUCAAAAAUUGAAUCAUACCGAGAAUAUUUUGUUCCCACCUGAUGAUUAUACGGAAAUGGGAGAGUUGUGUCAUGUGACGUUGGUGAGGACCUCUGCGUCUCUAGCCUCUCUGCCUCUCUAGCCGUCUCUAGCCUCUCUAGCCUCUCUAGCCUCUCUAGCCUCUCUAGCCUCUCUAGCCUCUCUAGCCGUAUCUAGCAUCUCUAACCUCUCUAACCUCUCUAGCCUCUCUAGCCUCUCUAGCCUCUCUAGCCUCUCUAGCCUCUCUAGCCUCUCUAGCCUCUCUAGCCUCUCUAUCCUCUCUAACCGCUCUAUCGUCUCUAGCAUCUCUAGCAUCUCUAUCCUAUCUAACCUCUCUAGCAUCUCUCGCACCUCUAGCCUCUCUAGCCUCUCUAACCUCUCUAGGCUCUCUAGCCGUCUCUUACCUCUCUAACCUCUCUAGCCUCUCUAGCCUCUCUAGCCUCUCUAACCUCUCUAGCCUUUUUAGCCGUCUCAAGCCAUCUCUAGCUUCUCUAGCCUCUCUAGCCUCUCUAGCCUCUCUAGCAUCUCUAGCCUCUCGUUUUUUUCCAGAACUGUGCUCGAGGCAUCAAAUGCGUAGAGAUCCGUGAUUCAUUAGAUGAUAUGAAAAUUUGUGGAUUUGUUCAUUUCUACACAUCCGAAUUCAAAGAAUGCGCACAAAAGGUAAGAGUUAGCUGAAGUUUUUUCAAUUUUUAAAUUUGAAAUUUUCCAGCUUUACGAAAAACGCGAUGAGAUUUCUUGUCUAGGCGAGAUUUUCAAUUCAAAAGAAAGAGUGAGUUCAAAAAAAAAACCAAUUCAGUCUCGAAAAUUUCUUUGCAGACCCCCGAAGAAGCUUGCGAAGCGUGGAAAUCCAGUGCGCCGUGCAUGAAAGAAUCGAUAAAAAUCGCGUGCGAAGAUCGUUUGGGAGUUUUGCAAUACAAAUGGUCGAAUCGAGCCGAGAAGGCGGAUCCGCUAUUCUGUCGAGAGAAUAGUGUGAUCUUCAACACUCAUAAUCAUUCGGUUCAUCAACACGAACAUCAACAUGUUCAUAUUGGAAAUCAACAUCAUUAG